CGCAAGGGCGGGCGGAGCAGCGCCACCCGAUGCCGCGUUCAUGGUCUGCCGCCGCUGCGGGCGCCGCGCGCCUCAUCCUGGUGAUCCUCAUCCUCCUCAUUCCGCAUGGCGCACCCGCGCCCACCUCGCCACACCCUGUGUACACAAGCACCGAUACAGAUCGAGUUGCGAGCGAGUUCUGGACGCACCACUUGCUAGGCGCGGAGGUCGUUCGCAAACUGCACUUUGGCCCUCGCAAUAUCGGCGCAAGCUGCCGUGGCUCAAGCUGCUCUGGGAUCCCAGUUCGUCUCUUGCGUGGCAUCCCCAGGCGUUUCGACGCGCAUCUGACAAGAAGCAGGGAUCCACACCAUGUGGGCAGUGGGAGGUAUCCCGGUCGUCGCUUUCGUGAUCGCCACCGUCUCUGCGCAGGCGGACGCGUCCAUCGGCGGCAGCGACUGCGACGCAAGCGAGGACGAGCAGGUCCUCUUGGAGCUGCGCCGCUCGACGUCGUCGGGACCAACGAUCGAAGGGAACUGUCUCACAGGUGAUGAGUGUGGAGGCAACCUUGGCAUCGCCCCGGUAAUAUCGAAUGGCGUGUCGUUCUGUUGCGACGGUGCCAUCGCUCCGCAGCUUAACGUCAUGUCAGGUGACAAGGUAAAGUGUGUUUGCCUCGGUCAGCGCGAGCCUGAUGUAUCGCCUCCUGAGCCGGAGGCACCAGAAACCACUUCGGAACCAGUGGUGGAGGGCAUUUGCGUCACGGGAGACCAGUGCAACAACCCUGACGCGGGGGUCCACACUGUCCCGGUAGUUUCGAAUGGCCAGUCGUUUUGCUGUAUCUCGCCAGAGUUUAAAGUUAACCCACACGCCACAGUGACGUGCAAUUGCACGGGUCUGGAGUCUGCGUCGUCUUGAGCGAUGACUUUUUUAGCCAGAUGAAGUAGAUCUUGAGCCAGGGGUGCCAGAAGCUACUUCGGAUCUUGAUAACGGCGUGCCGCGACUCAUCGUGCCGUGCCCCGAGAGUUGUCUCGCAACAAGGGGCCGGCGGAUUUCUCAUUCAACGUUGUGUCAUAUAUUGUUCUUCCUCCUGAGUCCCCUGCCUGCUCCACUGUUUAGCGUUUCUCUCUUCGCCGUAGGCUGGAUGGCGGAUCAUUCUGCAUCAGAUUUACAUUCGCAACCCAGCCUAGAGGCACCUCUUCUGUUCACAAGCCCGCUCAGGUGGACCAGAGAGGGCCUGUUGCAGAGCCCGCGUCAAGAUUCCGCCGAAAGCCGAGCGAGCCAAAUAAUGAUGUAACUUCCAUUUGAAAGUAUCAUGUGCCUCGUAAGGUUCAGAGGAUACCCAGAUCUACGACUAUACGUUUUUGUUAGAUCCGAGCGUUUUCCUCGAUUUCGACCUCUCGGUCCCAUCAUCGGGCCCUGUGAUUAGCAACAUAAGCCUGGGACAAAUAAUUGGCCCGUCGGAUGGGGUCAGGACUUGUGGGGCCGAGGACUGAGAAAGACACGUCGUCGUAUGUCGGGGUAUAUGCACACAUUUCUUUCCCCGCACGUCCACCUCGGGCAACGACUCGUGGCACGUUGGAUGCUCCGUGUCGUUGUGUGCUACUCCUCCUCCGCCCCCCUCCCCCCGGACGUCUAUCGGCUGCGGACCUACGGCCGAGCGUCCUCGAGCAGGCAGCGCAUUUGCCCCGAGGCGGGAGCGACUGGGCGACGACGAGUGUGCCGCCUUUGCGCGCACCAGAAAAACAGUCCUCUCACAGCAGGCUGGCUCAGGCAGCGCUCCCAGUCUGCCUCGGGGUCUUCCGCCUCGCGCCGUGGCCCUGGCCGUGCUGUGGUGAGUUCAGAGGCCCUUACGUUCCAGAUCCUCCAAAAGGUUGCCACGGCAAGAGUCAGCCGCACGCCAGGCGAUUGUGCCUCCGAGGCGA